GGCUGAGCAGCCACUUAAAAAUGUAGCGAAGCUCAAGCUUUGGCGAUGGCGCUGGCACUGCGGCCCGGCGGGACGAGGCCUGGAAAGUUAGGGUUAGGGUUUGGGGCAGCAUGGGCGAGGCGAUGGUCCUCCACGGCGGAGGAGGAAAGCGUCCAGUUGCCAGAGAAGGCGGGGGGAUCGGGCUCUGGCGGGAGCGUCGGGCCGCGAUUCUACAAGCAUGCUCGGAUGCGCCCCAGCGACGAUGGGCAUUACGUGGUAAUGCUGGAUCGAUUCACGCUCAAGACGCCCAAGAAGAAUCCCGUGUCUGUGCCAACGCCCGGAUUGGCGCUCGCGAUCGCGGCGGAAUGGGAGUGGCAGACCAAAUCAGGAAUCCGGCCGUUUACCAUGCCGCUCAUGAAGCUCGCCGCUACUACCAUCGAUCGACUUCCAGAUUUCAGAGAGAAUGUCAUCGAGAAUUUGCUCAAGUAUUCUCACGCGGACUCAGUUUACUGCCGUGCUCCAGAGACUGAGCCUCUCUCUCACAAACAGGCUCAGCAGUGGGAUCCUCUUGUAAAAUGGAUCGAGGGAAAGAUUGGAGCGAAGCCAUCCGUGACGUCGAGCAUUUUGAUCGGCAAACAGCCCAAGGAAGUACUCGACGCAUACAAGAAAAUUCUCGGCGAUUUUAACAACUGGGAACUCUCGGCUGUGGAUCAACUGACUGCUUCCGCUCGUUCUCUGGUCAUCGCCUUGGCGAUUAUAGACGGACGCCUCGACGUGGAGAAAGCCAUGAAAGCCAUUCGCGUGGAUGAAGACUUCCAGAUUGCCAAAUGGGGACUGGUUGAAGGUGGUCACGACAUUGAUAUCUCGGAUCUUCGAGUUCGCAUCACUGCGGCUUCCAUUUUUCACAGGCUACUCAAGAUGUAGCGAUUGAUAAAAGGUAGAGACUUCAAAGGUAAUAACUCCAACCUUUUCGAAAAGGAUCGAUUCAAGAGGUUUUUAAAGUGUUCUAAGGAGCACUCUUUCGUGUAACCCAAUGUCUCUUGAGGAUCUUCUUAUCGCCA